GCUGGGCGUGACGUCAGAGGCCGCCGCUACCGCCGCGCAGUGCAAGGUUGUGUCCACAUGUGACCAGCUUAAACUAGUUCUGAAGACACAAAGAGAAAGGCGAGGGAGAUAAGGAGGCAGAUAGCGGGGCAGGCAGUGGAGCAGAGCCAGCGGCAGAAGGAGCAGCCUUCGCCAGGACGCACACCGAGGCGGCGGUCAGCAUCGAUCCAGAAUGCAGGUCCGUGGACUCUUUCUCCUCUUGGUGCUGAUUCUUCUGGCUGUGUCUUCUGAAGCUGGCAAGAAUAAAAAAGACAAGGUGAAGAAAAAUGGCUCUGAUUGUGAGGAAUGGCGCUGGGGUCCUUGUGUCCCCAACAACAAGGACUGUGGUGUGGGCUACCGUGACGGAACCUGUAAUGAGGAGACCAAGAAACUCAAGUGCAAGAUCCCCUGCAACUGGAAGAAGGAAUUUGGAGCUGACUGCAAGUACAAGUUUGAGAGCUGGGGUGGGUGUGAUGCUGCAACAGGUCUGAAGGCCCGUUCUGGUACUCUGAAAAAGGCCCUGUACAAUGCCGAGUGUCAGGAUACCAUUCAAGUGACUAAGCCUUGUUCUCCUAAGGCCAAAUCAAAAUCCAAAGCCAGGAAAGGAAAGGGGAAAGACUAGAACGAUGGACAUAGCCCCACCAUCUUCAGGGCACGAUGCCUGAAUCCAGUUGGACAUACACCACUCGGAGCUGCAGCGUGCUCCCUCCCAGCUUGGCGAUGCUUUGCCAAAUCCCACUGCUCUUCUGCAUGCACAACUUUGCCCUUAACCAAGAUACCAUUUCUAAACACUAGUUUUGUAGAGAGCAAGCCCACCCUGUUCAGAAGGAGGUGCUGUUUGCCUUCCCUUUAAUUUCUCCCUUCUCCCUCCUGUAUAUGUACCCCAGUGUUCUUUGCUCUGGUCCUCCCCCCCCCCCAACAAAAAUAUUCCGCAUGAUGCAUGUUGAGAUGGAUUGGGCUGAGCUAGGCUGUGGAUUUGCAUCUGGGAUCCUUUGUCAAAGCCACAUAGCCUUUUGGCACAUCUCUUACAAGCUUAGCUGUGGCAGUGACUUUCCCAUGUGAUUUUUCCUUGCCACGUACAAAUUAAGCUAGCCAAGGAGACAGCUUCAUGGAAUGUCAGUGGGGAGGAGGUCAUUGCAGUGAGAACACGGAGAGUGCAAAGCCACAAAUCUGCCCGGCCUCCUUAGUAAGGAGACCAUGUGCAGUAGGAAGAUUUUGACUUCUUUGAUGACAUUUUCGUGCCCUCAGAUUUACAGGGAGCUAAAUCUGUGCCUACUACCCAUGGUGCUUUGUGUGUGUGCAUGCAUGUGGUUACUUUUCCUACGUUAUCUCCCCAGUUUAUAUGUGCAUCAGCAUCACAUUCUGUUGGAGGCUCCCCACCUGGGGAGAGGACUCUGUGGGUGGUGGUGGUGGUGGGGAUUUCCUCUGAGUUGUUUUGCCCCGUUUUUUUGACAGCAGGCCAUACCUUCUAUCUCUUUCUGCACCCAGAAAAGAAUCUUCUACAGAGUUAAUGAGCAUUGUUUUUCUUUCAGUCAUUAUGUCUUCAUUCCUUCUGUCCCUUCUUAUCUGUAUUUUUGCUGUGACGCUGCAGCCUUUCCCUACUUUACUGGUGCUGGGGAAAGCCCUCUCUGCUUUUUACAUC